UCCACACUACACAACAUCGAUGACUUUCAACUUAAAACUUCUUGUUUGUAUACAUUUAUGUUUAUUUAGAGUCCACGUAUUCGGAACUUGAACGGGUUUUUUUAUCCGGUACUCAGGCCCAGUCCUUUGUCAAGCGACGAGUUUGUAAUGACUUAGUGUUGGAGCCGCUAGCUAGCAGGCUAACUAUUGCAACUUGUCAACAAGAAGAUGGACACCAAUGUCUUCGCCACACUUUCCAAAGCCCGCUAACAGCCAAGGACUUCAACGACCUCAACGAAGAUAAGAUGACAGCACGCAGACGAAGCAGAGACUUCAAGGACCUCAACGAAGAUAACAUGCAGACGAAGCGGGGACAAGCAAGCCCGUUACCUCUGGCCUCGAUCCGCCUGCUGGUGCCACCUCUGCAGCUCUUGUCGGCCUCCAUGUGGCAAAUAUUGAAGAAACGGGACGUCAUGAGCUACUGGGAAGUGGCCGAAUUUGUCUCCUUGGUGAUGGACAUGGUCCCGGAGCUGCUGAUGGACAAGCACCGGAUGCAACUCAACCUGGGUUUAAGAGCCAGGUAUCUACUCCAGUUAUGCAGAAGUGACCAAUCCUUGCAACCUGACUUUAUUUUGUCUCUCCUGAACACGAUGAAACUGCAACACCCUCCUGUGGGAGAUGUGAAUGCAUUCCCAGAAGAGGAAGCCAUAAUGCACUUUCUGGAGUUAAUCCAGCUUCUGCUAAAAGACCCUGAAGAGAGACAACACUUCUUCUUGGAGGUGUUCCCUGCUCAAUAUGGAACUGAGUAUGACAAGGACUUGCAGACACUGUUUUGGGAGUUCCUCUGUCGGCUAACUGAGCUGUUGCCGGUUCCUGACCUCGAGCAGACAGUUUGCUGGCUUGGAGCAUCAGUGUUGGAAAACUGUUUCAAGUCACUUUCCGAAGCCAAGGACCUGAAGGUUUUGCUCCAGCACCAUAAACAGUUGAGACAUUUAGAGCAACAUGUUCCACACACAAGCAUGGGGGACAACAUCUUCUCCUCGCUCUCUGCCUUUCCCGCCUGCAGACGGACCACAGCUGAGGACCAGCCUAAUCAUUUGGGCCAAGGUGAUGCCACUCAUAUACCCACGCCACUCGUGGAUGAGGUCACAAUUGAAGUCAUUGCAGAGGUUGAAGUAGAAGAGCAUGACGUAAUCGUGGGUGAAAAUGGCCUUGAAGGAGCCGUAAGUGGCGCUGUGGCCGAAGACGCUGAAGUUGUGACCUCAAAAGACACAGGCGCAGGUAUGGAUGAGAGUACUGAUGGUCCAGGGAACAUGUUUCAUGCACAGAGCUCUUCAGGGCCUCACGACUGCCCGGAUUGUGAGAAGAAAUUCAAGUUUGCCUCGUCCCUAACGGCCCACAGGGUCAUCCACACCGGCGAGCGCCCCCACCGGUGCUACGACUGCGGCCGCUGCUUCUCUUUCAGGCAGUCCCUCGACCGCCACAGAAGCACGCACAAAAGCGGACGCAGGUAUGACUGCGUUGUCUGCGGAGAGACUUUCCUGUCCUCGUCAGCUCGCGCCGAACACAAGCGGACCCACAUGGUGGGCGGCGCAUACGCGUGCAAGGGGUGCGGCAGGACGUUCAACUGGGAGCUGGCGCUGGCGAGGCACCUGAAAACUCACGCCACGGACGUCAAUGCCAACAGCGCCACAGAGAACUGUGAGGCGGGGCAGGAGCGCCGCGGCGCCGACGCAGACGUGCCGCCUGACGACGUCGGCGAUGCAGCAGACGUCCCGGGAGACGUUUCCCUCGUCAAAAUCCGCACUAGUGGUCGCAAACGGCGGCCCACCAUGAAGAUCCAAGUGAUCAACUUGCAGAAACACAUGAGCAGGAGGAGGAAGCAGGAAGUCACCAGGGAGAAUCCUCCAGCCUUGAAGCUUCUGCCCUUCAAUUGUUCAGAGCACUCGUACGGAUCACCGUCAGUCUCAUCGAAGGAAGCUGAAGAAAGUUUGGACGCAGGUGGCAAUUCUGCCACUUUCUCCUGUCCCAAAUGCUGCGUCCAGCAUUCCGAGGAAGAUGAGCUGCAGCGCCACAUGGAGAGCGUUCACUCUGUGGACGAAGAGGGCCGCUUUAACUGCAGAGACUGUGCCAAGGCCUUCAAGUUCCUGUCCCUGCUAAAAGCCCACCAGCGCAUCCACACAGGUGAGCAGCCCUUCCUCUGUGUUCAGUGCGGACGGCGCUUCUCCUUCAAGCAGUCGCUGGAGAGACACAAGCAGACGCACACGCCCGAGCGCACGUACGAGUGUCUGCUCUGCGGGGAGUUCUUCAAGUCCCUUCUGGCGCAGCGCUCGCACAUGAGCGUCCACAUGGAGAACGGGGAGUUUGUGUGCUCCGAGUGCGGCCGCAAGUUCGCCUGGAAGUCGGCGCUGGUGAGGCACCUGAAGACUCACGGCGAGGACGACGACAAAGAGGAGCCUUCGCUGAAGUGCCCUCGCUGCGAGCUGAGCUUCAGCUGCGCCAGCUACCUCAACCGACACCUUCAGACCCACCGAGAGGAGAGGGCGCACGCCUGCAACUGCGGCAAGAGCUUCGCCUACCGGGCCGCGCUCACGGCCCACCAGCGAAUCCACCAGAAAGAGAGACCUCACGUGUGCUCGCAGUGCGGCAAGAGCUUCCUCUUUAAGGGCGGCCUGCUGAACCACAUGAAGAUCCACUCGGAGGAGAUGCCCUUCAUGUGCUCGUACUGCGGCAAGUGCUUCAAGAGGGAGCGCAACAUGAAGAAGCACGAGCGCUGCCACACCCGAGAAAACGUCUUCAGCUGCUCCCAGUGCGACAAGAGCUUUGUGUACAAGGCCACGCUGACCAGACACGAGCUGACGCACUCGGGCGAGAGGCCGUACCUCUGCUCCGACUGCGGCAAGGGCUUCUUCUCCCACGCCGAGCUGCUCAAGCACGAGCGCUUCCACACGGGCCACAAGCCCUUCCGCUGCCCGCACUGCGACAAGAGCUUCACGCAGUCCUGCUACCUGACCAUUCACCUGCGCUACCACACGGGCGCCAGGCCCUACUCCUGCGGCGAGUGCGACAAGAGCUUCCUCAGCGCCAAUCGCCUGAAGAGACACAAGCAGACACACACGGGGGAGAAGCCUUUUGCUUGUGUGCAGUGUGGCAAAGGCUUCAGGCAGUCCUACCACCUCAAGAUGCAUCAGCGCACGCACAUCAAGAUAACGUGAAGACCAUCCAACUCCAAAUUGGUCCAAAGCAGAAGUGUCCAAAGUGUGGACAGCUCAUUUUUUUACGGCCUGCGGCGUGUUCCAUGAAUACCAUUACAAAAGACAAAACAUAAAAAAGUGGAAUAUAAGAGCAAACGGGUGAAAUGUAACAAGAAAAAAUUGCAAUUUUGACCCUAAUAACCCAAAGCUGCCAUGUAGACCGUCUUUUUUCCUUUAAAACUGUCAUUACUCAAAAAAUAAUAAUGAAUCAAAAUCAAUGUUGUUAUAAUUUAUUGACCUUUUAAAGGCUCCAAUUACUUCACAUCCACUUAGAAAUAUUUUUGGGGAAAAUAUUGCAUAUUUUGUUUGUUUGCCAUAUAAAAACCAAGGGUUUUUUUUGUGUUUUUUUUACAAAAAGGGCAUAAAACAAACAAACUAGAGAUGUCCGAUAAUAUUGGUCUGCCGAUAUUAUCGGCCGAUAAAUGCUUUAAAAUGUAAUAUCGGAAAUUAUCGUUAUCGGUUUCAAAAGUAAAACGUAUGACUUUUUAAAACGCUGCUGUGUACACGGACGUAGGGAGAAGAACAGAGCGCCAAUAAACCUUAAAAGACACUGCCUUUGCGUGCCGGCCCAGUCACAUAAUAUCUACGGCUUUUCACACACACAUAAGUGAAUGCAAUGCAUACUUGGUCAACAGCCGUACAGGUCACACUGAGGGUGGCCGUAUAAACAACUUUAACACUGUUACAAAUAUGCGCCACACUGUGAACCCACACCAAACAAGAAUGACAAACACAUUUCGGGAGAACAUCCGCACCGUAACACAACAGAACAAAUACCCAGAACCCCUUGCAGCACUAACUCUUCCGGGACGCUACAAUAUACACCCCCCCCCCCCCCCCCAACCCCGCC